CCUUUCCCUGUGGCUCGGGGCUGGGAACAGAAGUUCAUUUACUGAUCAGAGAGGGCCCUGAGAGGCCGCGCUGCUCCUUCUCCCACAUUCACUGGGGAGACUUGCUUUGCAAGUGCAAUUGCAGGCGGUUCGGGAGCACACACCCCAGACCUGCCGCCCGCUGCUUCUGUGCCUCUGCAUCUGCCACCGUGGGCCCCAAGUUCCAGCGACUUCUCCUGUCCCACACUCUCCGCUUUGCUCCCCGUGUGUCCUGAAGGAAGGGGAUGUGCUCCCGAGAGUUUCCACAGCAAGUAAUGACAGCAUUUGAAGACCUGGCUGUGUACUUUACAUGGGAGGAAUGGCAGAAAAUGAACAAUGCUCAGAAGAUCCUGUACAGAGAUGUGAUGCUGGAGACCUACAGCAGCCUGUUCUCCUUGGGGCACUGCAUUACCAAACCUGACUUGAUCUUCAAGUUGGAGCAAGGAGAAGAGCCAUGGAUGGUGGAUGAAUGCUUGAAUCAGAGCCUUUCAGCUCUUGGCUAUGGCCUGGGAAAGCAGUAGAAGAUGGUGCAAGUCCUUGGGCUCCUGCACCUGAGGGAGACACAGAAGCAGCUCCUGGCUCCUGGCUUCAGAUCAGCACAAUUCUGGCCAUU